AUGAUUGAUGGGCAGAGAGAUCCCUUCCAGUACGGUGACCAGGAGUGUCUCACGAGCACCCGUCGCCAUAUUCGAUGGGAUAAUUAUGGCUCUACUAGAUCUCAUGAGAGCCUCCUUGUUCCGAUUCUGGAUUAUUCAACUAGGCUACCAGUAUUUGAAGGCUCCAAGUAUGGACAAAGCGUAAGGGUUGGUGCGCAAGUUUUCCGACGAGAUCGGAAGGGCCAAUGGAUCGCCGACACGUCAGACGAGGAUGGGUUCGUACCUUACUGGGAAGACAUCACCACAUCUGGGCCUUACACAGUGUGGUCACGCCGAAAACGGGUCGACCUUGAGAUAUUGGGUGGUCUCGGAUCCCUGCAAUCGAUACUGAAGCUCUCAUCCGGACGGAUAGGUGAAAAAGAGGAAAAUUCUCAACCAUUUACUGAGUCAGAGUGCUCAGAUACCGAGUCUACCGCAUCCAAAGCGAGCACUGAUGCCAUUGGAGACGACUCUGAUGAAGACAUAAGUGAAACCGAGAUAUUCGAUCUUAGGCGGUACGAAGAGCUCGAAAAUAUAUCUUCUGCUGAGGAGCUUUAUGAUAUUUCCGGAUCUGAAAUUGAUGACGGGAACUUGACUUGGCAAAAAGAUCAUUCUAUUGCUCGCGGAACUGUAUCAGGGCACGAUUUGACUAAAGACUCGCGCACAAAGGAGAUCCUUCAUCCCGUCCUGCCGAUGGUGGACAGAAAGAAUCCUAUUAGAGCGUCAUCAGAGAGCGAUUCCUCCAAUCAUGCUGAUGCUGAUGAUGAGGACUCUGACCCAGAGAACGAAUAUCUCAUCGUCAAACUCAAGCUCAGAGAGUAA